CUGGUUGGCUGUUCGUACCGUCGGUCUGCCUUCCCUGUGUUCUCGGGUCUCACAGGUUGAUGGAGACAGUUGGAGCGGUGAGGAGUUGGUCCGGAUGGAGACGACGGGGGAAAGUACUUUGACCCGGUUCUGCUGAAGACUUUCACUCUUUUCUCAUCGGAUUUUUUGUAUUUUCUAACUUUCUAGCGCUUUUUCUCUCUUUACGGUCCGACUUGUGUUUCCUUGGCAACACAAUCAACUCUCUGAGCGAAGUUUGGAUCAAGUGUUUGCUUACAAUCCGCUUUAAUUUAGCGGCGAAACUAACGGAACCGACUCCAGAACUUUAGAAAAACCUCCGUGAGGGAGGUUCCGACCCGGUCCAGCUGGUUUUUACCCGCCUUUCCUCCACUUUUCGGACUCACCGUGGGAACCCGGACAGACAAUAGUAGCUACUGCGGAGCUCGUGCGCAGGGGAGGGGGUAGAGGAGGGAGAAGGGGGGCCGAUGCUUUGAUCCGGAUCGAUCGGUGGAUUGAUGAGUUAUUGAUGACCAAGCAUGGAUGUGACCCUGUCCGAGCUGCUGGCCUCCUUCAUGGAGUCUCCGCUGGUGCUGUGGGUGCGCAUGCUGGGUCCCCUGGGCUCCGAGGAGCGGGUCGCCAUGUUCAUGGAGCUGGUGGACGGCGUCUUCCUGCAUAAGGUCAUGACCCACAUCGACCCCAACCCCACCAAUCAGAGGCUGAACAAGAACGUGAACAACGACGUGUCGCUGCGCCUCUACAACCUCACGGUUUUGACCCGGCACAUCAGAACCUACUACCAGGAAACGCUGCAGCAGCUGGUAGUGAUGCCUCCUCCCAACAUCCUGCUCAUCGCCAAUGACCCCAUGUCAGUGGGGAGCAUGGAGGAGCUGAAGCGCCUGCUGCUGCUGCUGCUGGGCUGUGCCGUGCAGAGCGAGCGUAAGGAGGAGAUGAUCGACAAGAUCAAGCUGCUGGACAUCCAGACGCAGGCCGCCAUCGUCUCUCACAUCCAGGAGGUCACUCAGAACCCGCUGAACGUCCUGGAUCUGUCCUGGAUGGAGGAAGGAGCCGAGCUGGUCCCCGGGGAGCUGGAGCCGCUGUCCCGCAACAUGGCUGCGUCGCUACGGCAACUCAUCGACCAGCGAGACAAAGCCACGGAGGUACUCCUGGACCUCACCCUGGAGAGGGACUACCUGUCCGACCAGCGGCCCCCGGAGGGAGGCGGGAAGCCGGGCCGAGCCCCGAAGAACGGCGGGCCGGCCGGAACCGAGCCGACCCAGGAGGAGAAGCAGCACCUGGCUGUGGAGCUGGCCGACGCCAAGGCCAAGCUGCGCCGCUACCGGCAGGAGCUGGAAGAGAAAACAGAACAGCUGAUGGAUUCAAAACACGAGGCGGAGCGUCUGGAUCAGGAGCUGCAGAAACUCAAGCAAGAGAACCAGUCGCUGUCCUGCGAGGCCCGAUCGGUCCGAGCGUACCGGGACGAGGUGGACGCCCUGAGGGAGCGAGCGGCGCGGGUGGACAGGCUGGAGGCGGAGCUUAGCCGCUGCAAGGAGCGGCUCAACGACGUUCACUUCUAUAAGACCCGGAUGGAGGAGCUGCGAGACGACAACACGACGCUGCUGGAGACCAAGGUGCUGCUGGAGGAACAGCUGGCGGCCGCCAGGGGGCGCUGUGACAAGCUGCACACGCUGGAGAAGGACAACCUGCUGCUGCGCGCCAAGAUCCACGACCUGGAGAUGGAGCGCGAGGGUGAGCGGCGGCGGCUGGAGGAGCUGCUGGAGGAGAACCUGCUGCUUGAGCUGGGCCAGAAGCAGAGCAUGAACGAGUCGGCCCAUCUGGGCUGGGAGCUGGAGCAGCUCUCCAAGAACCACGACGGCCCCGCCUCAGAGAGUCGCAAGUCUCUGGUCCACGAGCUCAACGAGGGCGUCUCCAGCCGGGUUCUGAAGCUGGAGAAGGAGAACCGGGAGCUGCAGGCCUCCGUAGAGAGACUGAAGGAGGAGAACCAGCUCCUGCAGGAGCAGCAGCUGCACAGGCAGGAGCUGGACCAGGAGAACCAGAGCCUGAGCAACAAGCUGGACCGUCUCCAGGUUCUGCUGGACCAGGAGAAACUGACCAAUCAGGACAUGGAGACUCUGGGGGAGGAGCUCCUGAAGGAGAAGCAGAAUCUGGAGCGAGAGAUACACGCUCUGCGGGCCGACAAGGACCGCCAGAUCUCAGAGCUGCAGAGCGAGCAGCAGCACCUGUCGGAGGCGGUGAAGGCCCUCCAGGAGCGCGCUCAGUCCAGCAGCGAGGCCCGAGUCCGGGAGGCGGAGGCCAAGAACCGCUUGCUGCACCAGAGCGUCACGGACGCCGGCUCGCGGCUGGCCAGCCUGGAGGUGCAGCUGAAGGUGGUGAGCGAGGAGGCGGAGUGUCUGAGGGAGCGGGCGGGGCGCUGCGAGGAGGUGCAGAGGGAGGCGGCCCGUCUGGAGCGGAGCAGGGAGGCUCUGACCCGAGAGGUGGCGACGCUGCGCUCCUGCAGCCAGCACGCCGAGACCCUGGAGAGGCAGGUGACCUCCCUGCAGCAGGAGGCGCUCCGCCUGAGGCGGGAGGCCGAGGAGGCCCAGAAGGAGCUGCAGCGACUGGCCCAGCAGGAGGCGCAGAACAGCCUGCUGUCAAUGGAGAACCUGGAGCUCCGCCGCUCCAUGGAGAACCUGCGCUCCUCCUCUGCCCGCCUGCCCACACUGCAGGAAGAGCUGCAGGAGGCGCAGAGGGAGACCCAGGAGGCCCAGAGGAGUGUGGAGGAGGCCAGGAAGAAGGCGCAGGGAGAGAGGAAAAGGGCGGAAAGGCUGGAGCUGAACCUGUUGGCUCUGAACCAGGAGAAACAACAACUGCAGGAGCAGCUGGAGAGGAGCAGGGAGGAGAAGCUGGAGGCGGACGGGAGGGCCAGGGAGAACCGGCGAAGGGAGGAGGAACUGAGCCGGGAGGUGGAGGACCUGAAGCAGGAGCGCAGAAGGAGAGAGGAGGCCGAAGAGGAGAGGAGGAAGCUUCAGUUAGAUCUGGAACAGGCAGAGAGGAGCCGCAAGCAGCUGGAGAAGGAGAACCUGAGGGUCCGAACGCUGCAGGAGGCCAAGGAGCUGGAGCUGGAGGAGACAGCCAGCCUGGCCUCCGCCUCUCUGAAGGAGGCCGCCACCCUGAGGAGGGAGCUGGAGAGGCUGGAGGAGGCGUCGGCUAAAGCCAAGGAGCUAGAGCGGGAGAACAAGGAGCUGCAGAAGGAGGCUACCAUCGACAAGAAGACCCUGGACACCCUGAGGGAGGAGCUGGUGUCUGAGAAGCUGAAGGCCCAGCAGCAGAACCUGGAGCUGGAGAGACUCGACAAGGAGCUGGAGAGGAUUGGACUGAGCCGGGAGAAGCUGCUGCAGCAGGAGCAGACACUGGAGGACGGGGAGGACGAGGAGGACAGGUCGCCGGACAUGAACGUCCGUCGGACCCUGAAGGAGGAGAUCGGCGGCCUGGAGAGGAAGCUGGAGGAGAGCAACGCCCUGAACGAGUCCCUGCGACGCCAACUGACUGCCCAGCAGAAGGACAGCUCCCAGCAUGCCUCGGUGCGUGGCGCCGCUCCUGAGCUGCUGCACUUCCAGGAUCAUCUGAUCGCCGUGGAGAAGAGCAACGCCUCCCUGCAGACGGAGAGCAGCUUGCUGAAGGAGCAGCUGAAGCAGCUGGAGGGCCAGAACAGUUCCCUCAACAGCCAGAUGGCGGCGCUGCAGCGCCACGCCUCCACCCUGCAGGAGCACAACGCCGGCCUGCACACCCAGACCGCCAAGCUGCAGGUGGACAUUUCAGCCGUGUCCUCUCAGAGCGCCUCCCUCAUGGCCCAGAAUGCCGUGCUGCAGGGCCAGGUGGGCGCCCUGGAGGCCGAGGCCGAGUCGUGGCAGCGGCAGCGCGACGAGGCGUGGCGCGCCCGCGAAAGCGCGCUCGCCGACCAUGAGCGCCUGCUGAGCGUGCACGAGAGGCAGGCGCAUGAGUACGAGCAGCUGAUCGGCCAGCACACGGCGCUGAAGGGCCAGCAGAGGGCGCUGGAGGGCGAGCACCGCUCGCUGCACUGCAAGUACCAGGCUCUGCUGCAGCUGAAGGACCGGUGGGAGGAGCAGCAGGAGGCGCAGCAGCUGAAGCAGGAGGUCCAGAAGAACCGACUCCUCCAGCAGGAGAACCUGCAGCUGAAGUCUGAAGUGGACCGACUGACCCAGAACCAGACCCAGCAUGCCGAGCAGAACCAGAACCUCCAGCAGCGGCUUAACGAGCUGAAGAACUCGUUAAGCUCGGCUCAGCAGGAAGUGAGUCAGUGGACGGCCCGGUACGACUCGCUGGUGGACCAGAACCAGAACCUGGACCUCUCCGUGACCAAACUGGACAACCACUGUGAGCUGCUGAGCCGCCUGAAGGGGAACCUGGAGGAGGAGAACCACCACCUGCUGAGCCAGAUCCACCUGCUGGGUCAGCAGAACCAGACGCUGCUGGAGCGCAGCCUGGAGAGCAAGGAGCAGUUCCACCAGGAGCACAAGCUCUACAUAGACAAGCUGAACGCGCUGCGGCGGCAGAAGGAGAAGCUGGAGGAGAAGAUCAUGGACCAGUACAAGUUCUACGACCCGACACCCAAAAAGAGGAGCCAGUGGUCCGGAGCCAGAGCUCUGGUUAAGCUCAUCAAACCCAGGAAGGAGAAUGGCCAGGACCAGAACCGGGAGCGGGAGCGGGCCCGGAGUGCUCCGGACAUCCCCCUGCCGGCCACGCCCCCCCCGCUCCCUCCGGAGGCCCCGCCCCCCGUCCCCCGCCGCACAGGAAGCGACUCGCUCAGUAACCAUAGCAACCGUAGCAGCAGCCCGGGCCGGACUGCCCCCCCCAACCGAGAGACCAGGACCAGCUGCACUUCUCCGUCCUGCAUCAGCAGAGCGGUUCUGUUCUGGCUGGGACGUGUGGGUGAGUCGGCCAUGUCUGAAGAGAGCGUGAUCAACUGCACCAUCAGCCAUGAAGUCCACCAGUACGUCUUCUCCUGCGUCUACAUCCUGGUGCUGCUGGUGGGCGUUCCCUCCAACCUGUACUCCCUGUACCACGCUGCGGUCCAGCUGAGGCAGAGGAACGAGCUGGGGGUCUACCUGCUCAACCUGACCGUGUCCGACCUGCUCUACCAGGCGUCUCUGCCCCUCUGGCUGCAGUACAUCUUUCGGAAUGACGACUGGCAGCACAGAGAGUGGUUGUGUCAGCUUUGUGGUUUCCUGCUCUAUGAAAACAUCUACAUCAGCAUCGGCUUCCUGUGCUGCAUCAGCGUGGACCGCUACCUGGCCGUGGUCCAUCCUCUCAGGUUUACCUCUUUCCGCUCUAUGACUGCAGCAUGGAUCGCCAGCGCCACCGUCUGGCUUAAAGAGGUAGCAGUGGGUGUGGUUUUCUUUCGCCAUAAGGAGGUGAGCAGAGACCAGACCAACCAGUCGGUGUGCUUCGAACAUUACCCCAUGAUGCCGUGGGAAUACUCCAUCAACUACUACCGCUUCAGCGUCGGCUUCCUGUUCCCGCUGGCCAUCCUGUCCGUGAGCUACCUGAGCGUUCUUCGCGCUGUUGGCCGCAGCGCGGGGACCCAACCGGACCAGAAGACCCGGAUCCGGCAGCUGGUCAGCAGCACCAUCCUCAUCUUCCUGGUCUGCUUCUCUCCGUAUCACGUCUUCCUGCUGCUGCGGACGCUGUUCGAGCGUGACUGCAGUUUCAUCGCAGGAAUCUUUAACUACUACCACGUGUCGCUGCUGCUCACCAGCCUGAACUGCGUCGCCGACCCGGCGCUCUACUGCUUCGUCAGCGAGAGCGCCCGCCGCGGGCUGCACCGCGCCGUCGUCAGGCCCGUCGCCAGGGUCGUCUGCUGCUGCCGUCGCCGAGGCAACGCGAGCCCUGUCGGCCCAGCCGGCGACUCCCACGAGGUGGCGACGGACGGGAACGGCGGGCGGAGUGUGACGCUGCUGACCCACAGCUACAUGACAGGCAGCGGAAAUGCGACCUCUGACCCCUCCACUGUCCCAGACAAGUCCCGGGCAGAGGACAGCGGGGACAUGGGAGAAAGGACCGGGGACAGGAAGUGCAGCUGAAACAUGGCGGCCGUAGCCGGUCAGACUGCCAGGAACCCACCGUCCGGAACCAGGAACCCAACGUCCAGAACCAGGAACCCAACAUCCAGAACCAGGAACCCAAAGUCCGGAACCAGGAACCCAACGUCCGGAACCAGGAACCGUCCAAAACCAGGAACCCAACGUCCGGAACAAGGAACCCAACGUCCGGAACCAGGAACCCAACGUCCGGAACCAGGAACCCAAAGUCCGGAACCAGGAACCCAAUGUCCGGAACCAGGAACCCAACGUCCGGAACCAGGAACCCAAAGUCCGGAACCAGGAACCCAAUGUCCGGAACCAGGAACCCAACGUCCGGAACCAGGAACCCAAUGUCCGGAACCAGGAACCCAACGUCCGGAACCAGGAACCCAACGUCCAGAACCAGGAACCCAACGUCCAGAACCAGGAAGCGGUCGCCUGAUCUGCAGCUCCUCACUGAACCUUCUUUUAUUUCAGUGACUCCAUCAAGUCAAACACUUUUUCUGGCUCCGUUUGUUUGAACAUUUCUUCUGUUAAUCAUGAUGAUUGAAGGAAAACUUUUCAAAUGUCACAUCAGACCAAUAAAAACAAACGAAGGCCUCUGUAAGAGUCCGGCCUGUU